AUGGACUACAAGAGUUCUCAUAAGCAGAGGACAGGCGACGGUGUCGCCCAAAACAAGCCGACACAUCGCUCGACGGCACUCAUCGUACUCUGCAUCUUCGUCCAAAUCAUUAUAACCAUGACCUAUCGUCAUGUCCGCCCACUGGGUUCCCCGUCGUCUCUUUCUGGUGCCGAUCCGGAGUUCUCCCAUCUUUCUAGCCAUUGUGCGCACAUCUCUCCCAUCUCUGCCAGCUCCUUCUACGCGCGCCAACAAUCUCUCGCUCGAACACUUUAUUCGCUGAACGCAUCGGCAUACGUUGCAGAGCCGGGUGCAAGCGCUGGUUUCUUUGCCAACCUGUCUGGAGCACAUUGGUCGCUAUCUGAGAGGCCGCUAUUGCUGAUAGUUUCGCCCGAGCUUGAUGCAGAAGGCACGAUUCUUCCGAGAAUGUCAAUACUCACUCCCUCGUUCGAAGCCACUCGUGCAAAACUUCUGCCGAUUCCAAGCGCCUCUGACAUCGCCUAUCCUGCUUGGCCGGAAGACGCAAACCCCUUCGAGGUUGCAAUUUCCGCAAUUCGGCUAUUCAGCGGAGGCCCGAUCUUCGUUGACGAUAAUGUCAGAUCAUUCGUUGCGGAUGGCCUACAGAAAGCAGCUCCGCAGUUCAGAGUAUCCACCGCACCUGUGGAGGUUCGACAUCUGAGAGAGAGGAAGAGCAAGGAAGAGCUUGAGAUCAUGAAGUGUGUCAAUGAGGUAACUCUUCUAGCCAUCCGAGCUGUCCGUGACAAGAUGUACUUCGGCAUGCACGAAUCGCAAGCUCGCCAACUAAUAAUCAGUGCACUUACCAGUGCAGGCUUACACAACGUGGGCGCAAUUACGCUCUUUGGGGAGAACGCGGCGCUACCCCAUGGAAGUGGGACAGAUCGCGUGCUCAGCCCACACGAUUUUGUCCUGAUCGAUUGUGACGGUUCACUGCAUGGUUAUAACAGCGAUGUCACGAGGACUUUUGCUUUGGCUGGUUCUACAAUUCACACAACGCACUUGAGACUUUGGAGUCUCGUGCACUCUGCUCAAGCAAACGCGAUUACUGCCGCUCGCAACGGCUCCAUCACCGCGGAAGUGGACCGAGCCGCACGCGAAACGCUCUCCUUGCAGGGCUAUGGACAAUAUUUUACACAUAGGCUCGGACAUGGCAUCGGCCUGGAGGUCCACGAAUCACCUUACUUACGCGGUGGUUCGGGCGAUAUAAUUUUGACAGGGCAUACCUUCUCCGACGAGCCAGGCAUUUACAUAGAAGAACAGGUCGGUGUGCGUCUGGAAGACUGCUUUUUUGUAGACCAGGAUGGCACUCCUGUUUUCCUCACUGCAGGAGUAGGGGGUGCUGCUGCUGAUCCUUGGCAUCCGUGA